UGGGGUGAGGGAGUAAUGAGGGAGGAGUUAAGGAGGAGCAGUGAGGGAGGCUUUUCCUUCCCCGCCGGUGUGCAUGGCGCGCUGUGUGUAGUGCGGGACAGUGUGAGGAUGGGGAAGGAGAGGCGCAGGCUGGUGUGCGUGUGCUGCGGUUUAGUCGUGGCUGUGGUGGCGGUGCUGUUGAUCAUUGUGUGUGUGUCUCGUUCUAAAUGUCCGGGGGAGCGAUUCUCCCACGCAGCCGUCGCCGCCGACUCACUCAGGUGUUCCAACAUCGGCAGAGACAUAUUGCUGGAAGGAGGUUCUGCGGUAGACGCUGCGAUCUCUGCGCUUCUGUGCACAGCUCUGGUGAACCCUCAGAGCAUGGGGCUAGGGGGCGGAGCCAUCUUCACCAUCAUGGACUCGAGUGGAAAAGUGAAAGUAAUCAGCUCCAGAGAGACAGUUCCAAAGAACUUCAGGCAGGACCUGCUGCAGCACUGUCCCAAAACCGUCAAACUCACCACAGGCCCACAGUGGAUUGGAGUUCCAGGGGAGUUGCGUGGUUAUGCUCGUGCUCACGCUCUGUAUGGGAAACUGCCAUGGGCUCGACUGUUUGAGCCAAUCAUUAAACUGGCCCGAGACGGCUUCCCCAUGCCGGAGUACCUCGCACAAUUCCUGCAGCAUAAAUUCAUCAAACCAAUGGUGCAAAAUUCCUCACUAUGUGAACUGUUCUGUCACAAGAAUAAAACGGUUCUUGGUGUGGGAGACACACUCAGGUACCCCAAACUCGCUGACACCCUGGAAAUCAUUGCCAAACAGGGGGCCGAGGCCUUCUACACCGGCCAAGUCGCACAGGAUCUGAUUCGGGAUGUGCAGGAAGCAGGCGGACAGUUAUCUUUGGAGGAUUUGGAGUCCUUUGAGGUCAGAGUGGACGAAGCGCGGACGGUCUUGCUCGGAGAAUACAAGAUGCACAUCCCUCCUUUGCCAGCAGGGGGCGCUAUGAUCAGCCUUAUUCUCAACAUCAUGCAUGGCUUUGGCCUUUCGCCAGCAUCCCUUCAGGGUAACCAGACAGCCCUGACCCUCCAUCGCUACAUAGAGGCAGCCAAGUUUGCAAAUGGACAAAGGAUGAAGAUAAAGGACCCUCAUUACAGCCCUCAGAACGUUGACAACAUGAUGGACUCCAGCUUUGCUGACGAGGUCAGGGCGAUGAUCAGGGAUCACUCCACACACCCAGCUUCCUUCUACAACAUCACACCGUCCACCGACCGCUUCGGGACCACACACAUCUCUGUCCUCGCAGCCGACGGCUCUGCGGUGUCUGUCACUAGCACCAUCAACCACAUUUUUGGAUCGUUUGUGCUCUCUCGUAGAACAGGCAUCAUCCUGAAUAACGAGCUGGAAGAUUUCUGCGGCAGAGCCAAUUCUAUAUCUGCAGGGGAGCAGCCUCCGUCCUCCAUGGCCCCCACCAUUCUGCAGUCCAAGGACCGAAAGAAGAUACUGGUUAUUGGUGGAUCUGGGGGGAGCAUGAUCACCACUGCCAUUGCACAGUCAGUAAUGAACCACCUGUGGCUUGGGAAGAGUCUGAAAGGUGCCAUCAGUGAAAAGGUGGUGUUUGUAGAUGCCCAGAACUCAGUGAAUUUUGAGCCUGGAUUCCAGCAGUCACUGAUUGAGGAGAUGAGGACUCGAGGCCACAUCAUUAAGGGCCGGGAGUUCUUCCUGAACGUGGUGAACGCUGUGGAGAAGGAGCACGGCUGCAUCAGCGCCUUUUCUGACUACAGGAAGAAAGGGAUGGCAGCGGGUUACUGACCCACCCAAAUGCCCCACCACACCCACUGCUGCACUGACUGAAGCCCAGACAUGUCCCUCAGCAUCACCCUGACACUUAAUCCGGCGAUGGACGCUCCUGGUGUUUGGUUUUGCUUUGGGUGACCUCAGAGGAUUUAUAGUGACUUUCUUGUGUGUAUUUACUGUAGAUUACUUUUGCAUCUUUACCAAAUCAAUGCUGAAAAGCCCAAUAAGCUCACAGUGUGUUAACAACGUUUGAGGACACGUUCCAAAUGAUUUUAGAUUUGAAUAGAAAUCUUCAUGUUUCCUUCAGCACUCAGACCUUUCAGGUGUUUAAAGCACUUUUGGGCCAAACUAGUUUUAAUAUGAGCUUUAAACAGUAAACAGUAGUUUGGAAAAAUCAUCAUUUAGACAAAACCUGCUCUUCAUACUGAGAAGAUACUUUGUUGAACUUGAAACUGAUUGAUUGAUAAGUAAACACAAAUCAUCAGAUUCAUGAUAAAUAACAGGGAUUUUUUCAUGUUAAAGUAACAGUGAAAAGUUCAAACAUCAGAGAAAAGCACACUGUCCAAAUAUUUCUGACAGGUGGUGAACCUUUAAUACAGUCAUCUAAAUUUGUAUCUACACACUGAAAGAUGGUUCUUUUGUAAAGACAAUGGUUCUAUGUAGAACCAUGAACACUCAUACGGCCAUUUGCAUGCUUAAAUGGUUCUC